GGCGUAGUAGCUUGUGAAGAAAUAGAGUUAGUGUGUGUUCGUUCCAGCUGCGGUACGUGUUCAGCGCUCCGUUUCUGCUUGGGUCCAGUAGAAGGCACAAAGACUUUGCAAUGGCUUUUAGAGGUACCGUGAAGCCCUACGCCAACUUCAAUGCCAACAAUGAUGCGGAUGUCAUGCAUAAGGCAAUGAAAGGACUGGGCACGGACGAAGCUGCCAUCCUCCAGCUCGUGACGUCCCGCAGCAACGCUCAGCGACAGCAGAUUAAAGCGGCGUACAAGACUCUUUAUGGGAAGGAUUUGGUUCAUGAUUUGAAAUCUGAACUUUCAGGAAAGUUUGAAAAACUUAUUCUCGCUUUAAUGAUGCCACCUGUUAUCUACGAUGCGACUGAACUCCGGAAUGCCAUAAAGGGAGCAGGAACCGACGAGAAGGUGCUGAUCGAGAUCCUGGCGUCCCGCACUCCGGAACAGGUGCGCGAGAUCAUCGCUGUCUAUAAACGAGAGUUUGACAAGAAUCUGGAAGACGACGUUACCGGGGACACGUCUGGGUAUUUCGAGAGGUUGCUGGUGAUUCUCCUCCAGGCCAGUAGGCAACAAGGCGUGGACGCUGGAAAAGUGGAACAGGAUGCCAAGGACCUGUUUGCUGCGGGGGAGGCCAAAGUCGGCACAGAUGAAGAGAAGUUCAUCAACAUCCUGGGGAACAGAAGCUUUGAGCAUCUUCGGAAAGUUUUUGAAGCCUACAUGAAGCUGUCUGGUUAUGAAAUUGAAGAAAGCAUUCAGAGGGAAACUUCCGGCAGCCUGAGGUCCCUACUUCUCGCUGUAGCGAAGUGUGCGAGAAGCGUUCCAGCCUACCUUGCUGAAUGUCUGUACCACUCCAUGAAGGGACUUGGCACAGACGAUCACACCCUGAUCAGGAUCAUGGUGUCCAGGAGUGAGGUGGACAUGCUGGAUAUCAGGGCUCAGUUUAGGAGGAUGUUUGCCAAGUCCCUCCACCACAUGAUCUCGGGUGACUCGUCUGGGGACUACAAGAAGACCCUGCUCCUCCUCUGCGGUGGAGAUGAUGCAUAAUUCCUUGUGGAAGGGCACAUAAUACUCAGUGAUAAAAAAUCACUGCUCGACGCAUUUGUAACCAUUCUAUAAGUUUAAUGUUUUAGUGUUUAUACUUUUGACCAAGAAAAAAAAAAAAUUGAUACUUGUUAACGUUUUGUAAUAGCGUUUAUAAUCCGGAUUAACUGUAUUUCAAUGUUUUUUACCUCAUAUAAGCUUAGAAGGAUUUUUGUAUGUACCUUUCACAUGGUUUUGCACUUAAACAUACUAAUUGCUUACGGUAAAUGCAAAAAGUUGUUUUGAAUAUGGACCCCCCCGUUAUUUUUGUGAAACUGUCACCUUUGUGAGACUCCACAUUCCAUUAAAAGCUUUUUUUCAUUUC